UCAACACUUCGUCCUGCUUCCCACUUGACACUGUUAUGGUCUCUCGUCGUAUUUCAAGUAUAAAUAAUUAGAAGCCGCAUCACAAGUGCUCAGUCCGACUGUUAGAACCAAGUAGCUUUCUGUUGUGAACGCUUUGACUCAUAUUACGCCCACUCUUGUCACCUAUUUGAAUACACGAUGCCAGAACAAGCUGUUUAUACUCAUGGCCAUCAUGCCUCGGUUGUGAAUUCUCACGCACGUCGGACCGCGGAGAACUCAGCAGCAUUCCUCAUUCCACAUAUAAAACCACACUACCGAAUACUCGAUGUCGGGUGCGGUCCUGGCUCCAUCACUGUCGAUUUAGCAAAGCUUGUACCACAAGGCUCAGUGAUCGGAAUCGAUGCUGUAGAAGACGUGUUAUCACAGGCAAAAGACCUAGCUCGGGCACGUGGCGUAGAGGGAAACUUAACUUUCCGGCAACAUGACGCCAAUGAAUUGCCCUUUGCCAGUGGCGAGUUCGAUAUCGUCUUCUGUCAUCAGGUCUUACAUCAUGUGCACAAUCCCGUCGCAAUUUUGAAAGAGAUGGCUCGUGUCACGCGAAAAGGCGGCAUAGUCGCAGCGCGCGAAGUCGACUACGGUGCACUGUCCUGGUAUCCUGAGCUUCCGGGGAUUCAAAAAUGGGAAGACACUCAUAUGGCAGUGAUGAACUCUAACGGUGCCCAUCCGAAAGCCGGUAGAUACGUGAAAGCCUGGGCUAGGGAGGCUGGUUUCAGGUCCGAGGAUAUCACAUUCACAUGGGACACGUGGAAUUAUCAAGACGACGAGGCUGUUAUCUGGGGGAAGUCUUGGUCGGAUCGUGCCCUACAUUCGUCGUAUGCGACGACAGCUCUCAGCAAGGGUAUCUAAUUUACAUAUUUUCGUCUCCGUCACUACCGCGGGUUGCUGAAACUCUUGGUAACGGUUACUAUCGAUGGACGAAUGCUAAACUAAGAUUGUUUAAUAGGAGGAUUUAGAUCAUGUAUCA